AAAAAAAAAACAUAACACAUUAGAUAUAAAUAGAAUCGAAAGAUAUUAUAGAAAAAAGAAAAAAAUGUCAAAUUCACCUGUUACCAAAAAUGUACCACCCAGACCAAAAAUUACUUUACCAAUUCCGGGUCAAUAUGGACGUUAUCCACAAACACCUGUGGGUUAUGCAUCAACACCCCCUUAUAAUCAGACACCUGUGCCUAUGACACCCGUACCUAUGACACCCGUUUCUGGACAACCACAAGUAUUUUAUUCCAACAGAGCUAGCGAAUUUGUAUUCACUCAAUUUAAAGGAAUCAAAGAUUUUACUAAAUCUGGACUCAGUGUUGGAGAAAGAAGCGUUUUUUGGUUGUACGAAAAGGUUAGCUCCUGGAGUAAACGAUGGUUCACUCACAUUUUUUUAGUUGUUAUUGUAUUUUUAUAUAGUAUAGCAGGCGCUAUGAUUUUUAUUACCAUCGAGGGAACCAACGAGGAUAUAUUUCAUUUUAAUAUACGUCAAGAAAGAAACAAGACCAUCGAACUGAUCAGACAACUCUGGGAUGAUGAAGUAUUGACCUCGGAUGUGGAACUUUGGAAAGGAGGAGCACGAAGGGAACUUAUGAAAUAUGAAGAAAAUCUUUAUGAAUUUUACAAACUUGGCUUGAUCGAUCAUAAACAAAAAGUGUGGACAUUUUGGAAUGCUGUUUUUUAUUGUGGUACCAUUUAUACGACUAUCGAAAAUAUUUGAUGUUAUACUUUGAAGAGAAGAAGAAGAA